UCGUAGCAGAGGGCAUUUCGCGCUGUCCUGACCGCUAACUCCGCGCGGUCGCUGCUUCCCCCUCGCGCGUUGGUGGGCGCACACCCGAGAGCUCCUGAGCGUGGGGCUGCGGAGGGGCGGGCGCGGGGCUUCGGCUCCCUCUUACCUCCCUCUCACGCCGCCGCCCACAAAGUUUGGCCGGGCGCUAGGCGCGGGCGAGGCUGCUCCCCGACGCCCCCCUUUCCAACCCCAUCGCAGGGAGUCUCGGUCGGAGCGUGUCCCCGCCGGUGCCGGUGCUAGGCCUCUCCCCGGGGCGGCGGGCCCCGCCGGGGGCGCAGGGGUUAACGGGGAGCCGCAGCGGGGAGAUGGCUCCGCCUCCCCGCUCAGCACCUGGCGCUCCACCGACAGUUGCCUCAGCAGUCGAUUUCGGAGGGGAUUGGCGGAAAAAAAAAACCGAGAGGGGGAGAGAAAUGUGACAACUGCCGGGGCUGGCGGCUGCCGCGGGGAGGCCUCCGCACCUGUGCCUGCCUCUCCGCCGCUCGGCGCAGUUGUGGGAUCCGCCGAGCACCGCCGCAUCCUCCCUCCAGACCGCCGCGGCGUCCCCGGAGCCCAGCAUGAGUUCUUCGUUCAAGCUGGAUUUCCUUCCGGAGAUGAUGGUCGACGGCCGCUUGCUGGUCUCUGACAGAAUUAACGGCACAGCUAACAAGAUGAAUGGAGCUUUGGAUCAUUCAGACCAACCAGACCCAGAUGCCAUUAAGAUGUUUGUUGGACAGAUUCCCCGUUCAUGGUCGGAAAAAGAGUUAAAAGAACUUUUUGAGCCUUAUGGAGCUGUCUACCAGAUUAAUGUUCUCCGAGACAGAAGUCAGAACCCUCCCCAAAGUAAAGGUUGUUGUUUCGUAACAUUUUAUACAAGAAAAGCUGCUCUUGAGGCACAGAAUGCACUGCACAAUAUUAAAACUUUACCUGGGAUGCAUCAUCCUAUUCAGAUGAAACCUGCAGAUAGUGAAAAGUCAAAUGCUGUGGAAGACAGAAAAUUGUUCAUAGGAAUGGUUUCGAAGAAGUGUAAUGAGAAUGAUAUCAGGGUGAUGUUUUCUCCGUUCGGCCAGAUAGAAGAAUGCCGAAUCCUUCGGGGACCGGAUGGGCUGAGCAGAGGCUGUGCGUUUGUCACAUUUUCUACAAGGGCAAUGGCACAGAAUGCAAUCAAAGCCAUGCACCAGUCUCAGACCAUGGAGGGCUGCUCUUCGCCAAUCGUGGUGAAGUUUGCUGAUACCCAAAAGGACAAGGAGCAGCGGCGUUUGCAGCAGCAGUUGGCACAGCAGAUGCAACAGCUCAAUACUGCCACUUGGGGAAACCUCACAGGUCUUGGAGGACUCACACCACAAUACCUAGCUCUUCUCCAGCAAGCAACUUCCUCCAGUAACUUGGGUGCCUUCAGCGGCAUUCAGCAGAUGGCCGGUAUGAACGCUUUACAGUUACAGAACUUGGCAACUUUAGCAGCCGCAGCAGCCGCCGCCCAAACCUCAGCUACCACCACCAAUGCAAAUCCUCUCUCCACAACAACUGGUGCUCUGGGAGCCCUCACAAGUCCUGUGGCUGCAUCAACUGCUAAUUCUACAGCUGGUGCGGCCAUGAAUUCUUUGACUUCUCUGGGUACUCUCCAAGGAUUGGCUGGAGCCACUGUUGGACUGAAUAAUAUUAAUGCACUAGCAGGUACCGUAAACAUUGCUCAAAUGCUCUCAGGUAUGGCGGCUCUGAACGGAGGACUCAGCGCAACAGGCUUGACGAACGGUACGGCCGGCACAAUGGAUGCUCUCACCCAGGCCUACUCAGGAAUCCAGCAGUACGCUGCCGCCGCGCUGCCCACCUUGUACAGCCAGAGCUUGUUGCAGCAGCAAAGUGCUGCGGGCAGCCAGAAGGAAGGUCCAGAAGGGGCAAACCUCUUUAUUUACCACCUCCCCCAGGAGUUUGGAGACCAGGACAUUCUGCAGAUGUUCAUGCCUUUUGGAAAUGUUAUCUCUGCUAAAGUCUUCAUUGACAAACAGACCAAUCUGAGCAAGUGCUUUGGUUUUGUUAGCUAUGACAAUCCAGUCUCUGCACAAGCUGCUAUCCAGGCUAUGAACGGCUUUCAGAUUGGCAUGAAACGCUUGAAGGUUCAGCUGAAACGCUCCAAAAAUGACAGCAAACCUUACUGAUCUUAACCCCAGAUGCUUACUGCUCUUAUUUUAGCUUUCUUAGGGUAAGUCCCAUGAGCAAACCUGUCCUCUGCAGGGGGGUUAAGAAAGAACAUAGAGCCAACCUUCACCAAGAGACAGUUAUUUUUACAGUUACCACUUCCAUUUCCCCACUUGUUCUUACUACGCUUGGCUCCCAUUUCCUUGCCAAGUAAUUACUGAGUUGCGUUACUGUAUUUUGUUUUACAGCAUAAUUUAUCUCCUUUUUCAAACAAAAAUAAAUGUCUUGAAAUUCAAAGCAACAAACACACACACACACACACAAAAAAAUGUGCAAUUUAACUCUGUGAACCCUGGUGCCAUUAGCACACAAUAAAAGUUGUUUUCUACGGAUGGAUCGUAUUUUGCCAGGGUGGCACCAGCAGUUUAUAGGUUAAACGAAAUGGCCUCAUGCCAGUUGAAGCACUUAUUUUGCAAGGAAAAUUGAAACAAGUCUUUCCACUAUGUCAACUUGUUGUUUGGGUUUGGUUUUUGGUUUUUUUUUUUUUUAGAGAAGAUUUUUGUUUGUUUGGUUGGGGUUUUUUCUGUUUGAGUCAAGGUAUUGUUCUAUAGGAGUCUGAUUUUACACUGGUCGUCUUUAGAUUUCACUCUUUUUGUUCUUGUUUCUUUGGAAAGGAUUAAUGUGUAAAAAAAAAAAAAAAAGAUUUAGAGAUCUGUUUCUAAAGCUACAGGGUUUAAAAUAAAAAUAAAAUAAAAUGAGUGACAAUACUUGAUGUUUCUUGAGAGAUAAAUUUAAUAAUAAUAAUAAUAAUAAUAAAGACAGCCACAGGCCUGUAAAUUUUAUUUGUAAAAAAAGCAUUUCUAUUUUUAUACAAAAUUUUUACUGCCUCAGAAAUAAUGGAAGUUAUUUAUUGCCUAUUGUUAACUUAUUGGAUACCUAAAGAGCAGCUCUCUAUGCUAGCUAGAUCCUUUGAAGUAGUCUCUAGAGUAAUUGUGCCAAGAGUGGGCGCUUUCUCACCGUUGAACCCUACACCCUUUGCAGUUCAUGCUUUUAUCCUCUUGUUUGUAUUCGUCUGGUUAUUUUGUUCCUAGUUUCCAUUAUCUAGUUUAAAGUUCGAUUGUCUGACCUUCCCCCCCACCCCCCCACCAUCCCUUUCUGUUACAUUCUUUUCUCCCCAAAGAGGAAUCCAUUCUCUCUGACCCCUUUCAGAUGGAUUCUUUCGGGGUUCCACUGUGCUCUCCCUGACAAGUAUUGUGAGCCAAUGCAAAUUAACGCGAACAGCUCGUACGUAGACUCUACAGAUGAAAGAUUUGCAUUAGUUUUCUCCUUUACCCAUACAAAUGAUUUUGUUUGUGCUGCGUAGAUCCUGUGUAACUUGUUUCCUCUUCCUUGUUUUUUCCCUAGACAUCUCCAUGCCCGUUAGCCCAUCGUUUGCCUAGCAUGUCCCUGUGGCGUCUCAAAAAAUACCCAAAACCAAACAAAAAAAAACACUGUUUCAUCGUCCCGUCAUUGUUUCUGAUGUCUUUCUGACCUCACAUCACAUUUGGUUCUCCUACUGACCUUUGAUCUAGUUUGACCUUUGAAAUUUGCAUGUGACCUCAUCUAGCUAUGAAUCCUGGGAAGUCAAUGUGAAAAAAAAAAAAGAAACAAAAAAAAAAAAAUUGCUGCAUUCAUGCAAGCCUGAAAUUUAUUAUUAGCUCAAUUAACGAUAGGAUAUAAAAACAAACCUGUGGCAAAUUUGAUUCUUUUCAGUUUUUUUCUCCUUUUUCUUUGGUUUUAUUUUUUUUCCCUUUGUUUUGUUCGGUUUGGUUGUUUUGU